GUAGUAGUAGUAGUAACAGUGUGUGGACAGUGUUCGGCGGGUUCACGGGUUCCUUUUCGCUAAUCCGUAAAGCCUUUCCAUUUAAAAUAUUUUAGUUCCUUUAGUGGCAGGAAGGAAGAUGAUUUCUCUCAUCUUCUUAGCCUAUAAAUCUGGCACAACUAGGGCACAGCGGAUUGGGCAGAUAUGGUGGCGGGCUCAGAAGUAAGAAUAACUCCUUCGCCCCCCGACAACAUUGAUAUGGCCACAUCUAUUAUAAACGGCCAUAGUUCCAGUGCAGAAGACUUUGCCAAGCAUGUGUUUGGCGGUGGGGCAAAACAUGCAGAACAAGUGGUCGAAGAAAACAAAACUUGUGGAAAAAUCCUGACUGUCCUAUCAUGGGUAUUGGUCUGCUUGACGAUGCCAUUUUCUCUAUUUGUUUGCUUUAAGGUUGUUCAGGAAUAUGAGAGGGCGGUUAUUUUCCGUUUAGGAAGAUUACUUUCUGGUGGAGCUAAAGGACCUGGUAUCUUCUUUAUCCUGCCAUGUAUUGAUGCUUACGCUCGUGUUGAUCUUCGAACACGGACGUAUGAUAUACCUCCUCAAGAAGUUCUAACAAAAGACAGCGUAACAGUUUCUGUAGAUGCUGUGGUUUACUAUCGAGUCUCUAAUGCUACAGUAUCCAUCGCAAACGUAGAGAAUGCUCAUCACUCUACACGUCUCCUUGCGCAAACCACCUUGAGGAACAUCAUGGGACAGAGACCUCUGCACGAAAUACUUAGUGAACGGGAAAGCAUUUCUCAACACAUGAAGGCUCUCUUAGAUGAAGCUACUGAUUCAUGGGGAAUUAAUGUUGAAAGAGUUGAAAUAAAAGACGUCCGUUUACCUGUACAACUUCAAAGGGCCAUGGCGGCCGAAGCUGAAGCAGCACGUGAAGCCCGCGCUAAAGUAAUCGCGGCCGAAGGUGAACAAAAAGCUUCAAGGGCUCUGCGUGAAGCUUCGGAAGUCAUCGGUGACUCUCCUGCCGCCCUUCAAUUGCGCUACCUACAGACGUUGAACACGAUUUCAACUGAGAAAAACUCAACUAUCGUUUUCCCACUGCCUAUUGAUAUAAUUUCCUAUUUUAUGAAAGCCACUGCGGCACAGAAGAAUCAGUAAAAGAAAUAUGGGAAAACUAUUACCUGUACGGAAAAUUAUUUGCUUUGUUUGUUUCUCACCAAUGAUACUUCUUCAGCGCAAAACUGUUAAAAUUCAUAUUAUGCAUGUUAUGUAUUAUUUAGGGGAGUGUAAGGCAAAAUGGCAUAUCAGGCAAAAUGACAUACUUUCCCAUACUAUGGAGCUUUUAAAUAUAUUCGGCAACACUAUACCCAAUUACUAUAAGCUUACUCGCGGAUGCGACUAUUAAUAAUGAUCCGGCCAUCAAACAGGGUUGUAGUGCUUGUCAAAAAAAGUUUUUGUUUACACGUGUUGGAGCAGGUAGAAAAGAUUAAGGUAUGUUAUUACGUUUUUGUCGCUUUUUGGCUAAAUAUAAAUAAAACUGUUCACAUUUGCAUAUAGUUUUGCAACCAUUAUAGGGUUGUAUUUAAUGCAGUGAAGUAGUUUUUUAAUAGAUUUUAAUGAAAUAAUUUUAAAAAUGUUACCAAGAGACAAAAUGACAUAUCCCUUUGGAAGGCAAAAUAACAUGUCGUAAUAACUGUAUGUCGUUUUGCCUUUCAGUGUGAAUAUGCCGCUGAUUAUUCAUUAAUACAGGAAUUUUGUUUUAGAAUGGUGUCUAACUACUCCAGAAAAUCUAAUCGCCAAUCCUGGUCAACGGCAGACAUGCAAAAGGCAAUUGAGGGAGUUCGAGAAAAAAGAAUGGGUUGGUUAAGGGCUUCUAAGGCGUUCAAUGUUCCACAGGCAACCCUGCGAAGGCAUUAUAAUAACAAUAAUUUGUACGCUCGUGAAGGGAAGAAAAGUCUGGGAAGAUUUAGAAAAUCCUUAAAUGAAGAAAUGGAAAAGGCUUUAUUAGAGCACAUUUUGGAUUUAGAGUCAACAUUUUUUGGGUUAACACAAAAAGAGCUCCGUACGGUUGCAUACGAGCUUGCUGAUCGCAGUGGUAUGCCACACCAGUUUAAGAAAGUGAAAAAAAUAGCUAGCCAGAGAGUGGUUUUAUGAUUUUAUGUCAAGACAUCCAACAAUAUCGCUCAGAAAGCCAGAAGCAACGUCGGCAGCACGGGCCCGGGCCUUCAAUAAAGAAGAGGUAGCAAAAUAUUUUCAGAACUUGGAAAAAAUAAUUAAAAAGGAAAAAAUAAACCCGACGAUGAUUUAAAACAUGGAUGAAAGUGGAAUAACCAAUGUCCAAAAAACUCAAAAGAUUGUUGCUCAAAAAGGCAAGAAGCAAGUAGGGUCACUAACAAGUGGAGAACGCGGAUUUCAUACAACUGCUGUGAUUUGCGUAAGCAGCAUUGGUAACUAUAUCCCUCCAGCUCUAAUUUUUCCUACCAAAAAGAAAAAAUGAACUACUUUAUGAUGGUGUACCUCAAGGAACGCUUAAAUUGUAUAAUAAACCUGCCUAUAUGAUAAAACCAUUAUUUUUUAACUGGAUUAAACAUUUUGUUCAAUAUGUUAUACCCACUUUCGAUAAUAAAGCCCUGCUAAUUUUGGAUGUGCAUACAAGUCGCAAAGAUUAUAGUGCCCUAAAAUAUGCAAAAGAAAAUUAUGUAGUGGUUUUUGUUUACCAGCGCAUUGUACCCAUAGACUUCAACCACUAGAUGUGUAAUUUUUUGGACCUCUGGGAUCCUAUUAUGAUCAAGAAGUAACGAACUGGUUAAAAGCAAAUCCUGUGAGGACAGUGUCGAUGUUUCACAUUUCUUCACUGUUUGAAAAGGCGUACAAUAAAGCAGCCACUGUAGGAAUUGCUUUUAGUGGUUUUAGAGCAACCGGUAUUUGCCCACUAAAUCCAUAAAUUUUUCCGGAUCAUGCCCCCAGUUUAGUAACAUCACUGGUUGAGGAUACCGAAAACACGGAUAUUGAAAAUGCAGGUAAAAAUUCACCUAACAAACAUAAUGAUGAUAAGGAUGACAAUAACCAACCGGGAUGCUCGAAGGACAGUGGCUGUUCAACUUUCGGUAAGGUCCCUACUUCGAAUAAUAACGGAAAUAAAAUGGCAAAUAUAUCGAAAAUAGAUAGAAAUACAGAAAUACGAAAUAGAAGAAAUACACCCCAAACCUGUAGCUAAGAUAGCAAUAAAAAAAAUCAAGAAAGGAGUCUCAAAGUGUCUUAACAAUUUCUCCAUUUAUUAACAAGUUAAAAGAAUUCGAAAUAAAAAAAAGAGAAAGAGAAGUCAGAAAAAGUAAUCGAGCCCGGAUUACCAAACAAGUUUUUCAUGAUUCAGAUGAAGAACUUGAACCUUUUGGAAAUGAAUCAGAGGACGAGGAUGAUCCAGCGUGCAUCUACUGCAAUGAAGUUUUCAGUAGAUCGAGGUCCAAGAAGCAAUGGAUAAAAUGCCAACUCUGCAAAAUGUGGGCUCACACUGACUGCGCAGAUGUGUCAAAGAAAACCAAGCAAUUUAUUUGUGAUGCAUGCAAAGAUUAGUUUAAGCAAAUGUAUUUUUUAAAGAGUGGGAUCUUUAGAAUAAUGUUUUACUUUAUAUACAUUUGUUUAAUAAACAUUUUAAACCGUACAUAUUUUUUGUUUUGAAAUUUAAUGUCAUUAUGAAUAUGUAUGCCAUUUUGCCUACCUGCCUAUGUUAUCUUGCCUACACAGUGGUGAGCAAAUUGACACUUUGAGGUAUUUGUUAAAUAUUUUAUUUCUGGUGAACAUGACCUGCUUUUAGUCUUAAACUUUUUUAUAUAUAGUUUACAUACACCAAUAAUAUUUUAAACAUUAGAAUAAUGCGUUUAACAUUUUUUGAAAAAAAAUUAUGCGGUCUUAAACACAAAGUAUGCCAUUUUGCCUUACACUCCCCUAAUUCGAUUGGGAUUGGGUUUGUGUUUAACAGAAAAAAAUGUUCCUUCUUUCUUUAGUUAAAAUGGAGUUGUAGAAGUGUCAUGUGGACCAAUCAAAUAUAUAUAGGCUAAGAAGUUAUCUAAUCAACGAUAUUUUGACUAAUAUACAAUAUUUAUUAUUCUAGUCAGUAUAGUAUUAAUGUACUUUAAAGAUGUAAAUAUAUCCAAGAAGGAG